UACCUCAAAGUGCCAGUGAGAUAAUGGGUGUGGAAUUGCUAAGAAAAAGUGAAAUCAACUGAGAUGUUACGUUUUAUUGUUACUCCUAUUGCAUGACUCUCAGCAUCUACUGUGGUGCUGGAGUAUUGACAACUGUGGCAUUACACGUACUCUUCUACAACAAAUAGAGUUUUGGCAGGUGGGAGACAGCCCUUUGCCCUUCCUACCAUCUUCUGUGCAGGAAUCUUGAAAUAUAUAUUUAUUUUCCUAUAAAUACCAAACUCUGAGAACUUGUUUCAUUUGCAAACCCUCAUUACUAGAAAGACAAAGUAAAUUUAACAAAGGUCAGGUGUGGUGGCUCAAGCCUGUAAUCCCAACACUUUGGGUAGUUGAGGCAGGCAGAUGGCUUGAGCUUAGGAGUUCGAGACCAGCCUGGGCAACAUGGUGAAACCCCAUCUUUACUAAAAAUACAAGAGUUAGCCAGGGUGUGGUGGCAUGUGCCUGAAGUCCCAGCUCUUUGGGAGGCUGAGGUGGGAGGAUUGCUUGAGCCUGGGAGGUUGAGGCUUCAGUGAGCCGAGAUCAUGCCAUUGUACUCAGCCUGGCUGACAAAGUGAGACCGUGUCUCAAAAGAAUAGGAAGAAGAAGAAAAAACUCACACAGCAAAUUAUAGAGCCCGCAUAAGGACCAAGGAAUGACUCAACCUUCUCAACCUUUUAGGGAUGCUUUUCCCUUAGUUGCUAACCUUUGACCAGACUGUCUUGUAGUCUCAAAGUUGGAAUUUACCCGGUUUUCAUAAGUCAUUUUGAGAAUUUGGUUGCCAGAAGGGGCCAGUGAGAUGCUUUUGCCUUCCCAAAGCUGCAUUUAGCCCACACUGGCUGCUACACGUUGCCUGUUGAGUCAUUCCCACAGUUCUAUAUAGAGCUUUUCUGGCUUUUCUUUUAAACAUGAUGUUCUUGGAGUGAGAAAGGAAGGAAGUUUUUCUCUCUUGUGCAGUGUCUCCUUCACCCCAAAUCUGCAUUCCUUCUCUUUUCUAAUAAUAAAAUAUUGCCUUCAAUCAUUCUGAGAGUAUGUUCUCUAUUAAGGUCUGCUAGUGUUUGUUUAUCGUUUGUUUGCUAUGUAAGCAUUAAGGUAUUCGCUGGGCUGUUUUGCAGCAACGAGUUUUCACAUACAGGCUGAUAGUUAACCAGAAAAAUUGAGGUAUUCUAGAUAAACAUACCAAACAUGGAUUCUUAGUUUCCAGCUUUUUAAAAAGUCAAUCAGAUAUUCUGAAAGUAAUCUUAAUAUCAUUAUUAUUAAUAUCAGUUAAUUAAAGGUACUGUGGGGAAUAGUGUGGCUCAUGCCUGUAAUCCCAGCACUUUGGGAGGCUAAGGUGAGCGGAUCGUUUGAGCCUCAGAGUUUGAGACCAGCUACUCGGGAGGCUGAGGUAGGAGGAGCGCUUGAGACCCUGGAGGUUGAGGUUGCAGUAAGUCAUGUUUGCACCACUGCACCAGCCUGGGCGACAGAGUGAGACCCUGUCUCAAACAUACAAAAGAAAGUAAAUAAAAUCAAUUAACAUCAGUAUGCUGUCUAUUCACAGACUGUAUAUCUAAUAUAGGCACAAGUAAGAGGCUCUUUUAGGGGACUGACAGAUCUGAAAGACAGAUUACAGCUCCAGAAUGUAUUCAGAUGACUUUUUGAAACAGAUAUUUUAAUUGGAGUGGGGGUGGAGAAAUAGUUUCUGUAGUUAAAUAUUCAACUUUCUUAGCCUGUUAUCUAUAAAUACCACAGAUAAAAAAGCCGUUGGAAUGUUUUUUCAGAAAAUUUAUGUGGCUUACAUUUUGUAUAUCUGUUUAUAUGUGUUUAAUCCUCUUCCCCACCUCUCAUCAAUGGGUCAGUAAUUGGACUGCUUCUUUCAUGAGCUUGAGUUGUUUGGAUGGUGUUUAAUGUGUUGCACUAAACUGCAUUAACAGCAGUCUCUUAUAGUAGGAUUUUGAACAAAAUCUCAUCUUCUCUUCUUAUAAAGAGAGGAAAAAGGCAGUUGAUCUGUUUUCUGAAAGUCUCUUUAUAUAUGUCUCUCCCCUCCCCCAGAAACGAAUAGCAAGGGGAGGUGCUCACUCACUGUUCUAACCACACUUAGUAUGUCUUAACUGGAGAGCUUUUUGGUUUCCUGUCGGCAGUAAUUCAAUUCUGUGUCAUCUUGACUUGCCUAAAGGGUGGAUAAAUUGGUAACUGCACUGAGAAGGGGAGUGAGUUCUCACAGUCUGGUUUGAGCAUAAGGCAUCAGAUUGAAUUUGUGAAAGCUUUCCGUAGCUUCUCAAUACAGCUUUUUUCCUGUGACUUUGACUAUUCUUCAUUAUAUUUGUGGACUUUUGUUUCUGGAAAGAAUCCGUCAUGACUCUACUAGAGCCUGAGAUGUUAAUGAUGGCAGUACAGUCAGUGCUGCAGUUGAAGCUCCAGCAGCGCCGGACCCGGGAAGAGCUGGUGAGCCAAGGGAUCAUGCCGCCUUUGAAAAGUCCAGCUGCAUUUCAUGAGCAGAGAAGGAGCUUGGAGCGGGCCAGGACAGAGGACUAUCUCAAACGGAAAAUUCGUUCCCGGCCGGAGAGAUCGGAGCUGGUCAGGAUGCACAUUUUGGAAGAGACCUCGGCUGAGCCGUCCCUCCAGGCCAAGCAGCUAAAGCUGAAGAGAGCCAGACUAGCUGAUGACCUCAACGAGAAGAUUGCACAGAGGCCUGGCCCCAUGGAGCUGGUAGAGAAGAACAUCCUUCCUGUGGAGUCCAGCCUGAAAGAAGCCAUCAUUGUGGGCCAGGUGAACUAUCCCAAAGUAGCAGACAGCUCUUCCUUCGAUGAGGACAGCAGCGAUGCCUUAUCCCCCGAGCAGCCUGCCAGUCAUGAGUCCCAGGGCUCUGUGCCGUCACCCCUGGAGGCCCGAGUCAGCGAACCACUGCCCAGUGCCACCUCUGCAUCCCCCACCCAGGUUGUGUCUCAACUUCCGAUGGGCCCAGAUUCCGGAGAAAUGCUUUUCCUGGCAGAGCAACCUCCUCUGCCUCCCCCGCCUCUGCUGCCUCCCAGCCUCACCAAUGGAACCACUCUCCCCACCGCCAAGCCCACCCCCACACUCAUUAAGCAAAGCCAACCCAAGUCUGCUAGUGAGAAGUCACAGCGCAGCAAGAAGGCCAAGGAGCUGAAGCCAAAGGUGAAGAAGCUCAAGUACCACCAGUACAUCCCCCCAGACCAGAAGCAGGACAGGGGAGCACCCCCCAUGGACUCUUCCUACGCCAAGAUCCUGCAGCAGCAGCAGCUCUUCCUCCAGCUGCAGAUCCUCAACCAGCAGCAGCAGCAGCAGCACAACUACCAGGCCAUCCUGCCUGCCCCACCAAAGUCAGCAGGGGAGGCACUGGGAAGCAGUGGGCCUCCCCCAGUGCGCAGCCUCUCCACUGCCAACGGCAGCUCCAGCUCAGGCACCUCUGGGCCCUGUGGGCUGGCACGUCAGAACAGCACCUCGCUGACUGGCAAGCCGGGAGCCCUGCCAGCCAACCUGGAUGACAUGAAGGUGGCAGAGCUAAAGCAGGAGCUGAAGUUGCGAUCGCUGCCCGUUUCAGGCACGAAAACUGAGCUGAUUGAGCGCCUUCGAGCUUACCAAGACCAAAUCAGCCCUGUACCAGGAGCCCCCAAGGCCCCUGCCACCACCUCCAUCUUGCCCAAGGCUGGUGAGGUGGUGGUAGCCUUCCCGGCAGCCCGGCUGAGCACGGGACCAGCCCUGGUGGCAGCAGGCCUGGCCCCAACUGAGGUGGUGGUGGCCACUGUGAGCAGCAAUGGAGUGGUGAAAUUUGGUAGCACGGGUUCCACACCCCCCGUUUCUCCCACCCCCUCGGAACGCUCACUGCUCAGCACAGGCGAUGAGAACUCCACCCCGGGGGACACCUUUGGCGAGAUGGUGACGUCACCCCUGACGCAGCUGACCCUGCAGGCCUCACCACUGCAGAUCCUCGUGAAGGAGGAGGGUCCCCGGGCUGCAUCCUGUUGCUUGAGCCCUGGGGGGCGGGCAGAGCUGGAGGGGCGAGACAAGGACCAGAUGCUACAGGAGAAGGACAAGCAGAUUGAGGAGCUGACACGCAUGCUCCGGCAGAAGCAAAGGCUGGUGGAGCGGCUCAGGCUGCAGCUGGAGCAGGAGAAGCGAGCCCAGCAGCCUGCCCUAACCCCUGCCCCCACCCCCACCCCUACCCCAGCCCCUGCCUCUCUCGGCACCCCAGUGAAGCAGGAGAAUAGCUUCUCCAGCUGCCAGCUGAGCCAACAGCCCCUGGGCCCAGCUCAGCCAUUCAGCCCCAGCCUGGCUGCCCCAACCACCAACCACAUAGACCCCUGUGCUGUGGCCCCAGGACCCCUGUCCGUGGUGGUGAAGCAGGAAGCCGUGCAGCCUGAGCCCGAGCAGGUCCCUGCCCCCCAGCUGCUUCUGGGCCCUCAGGGCCCCAGCCUCAUCAAGGGAGUUGCACCUCCCACCCUCAUCACUGACUCCACAGGGACCCACCUUGUUCUCACCGUGACCAAUAAGAAUGCAGACAGCCCUGGCCUGUCCAGUGGGAUCCCCCAGCAGCCCUCAUCCCAGCCUGACUCUCCAGCGCUUGCCCCCUCCGCCCAGAUGGACCUGGAGCACCCACUGCAGCCCCUCUUUGGGACCCCCACUUCUCUGCUAAAGAAGGAACCACCUGGCUAUGAGGAAGCCAUGAGCCAGCAGCCCAAGCAGCAGGAAAAUGGUUCUUCAAGCCAGCAGAUGGAUGACCUGUUUGACAUUCUCAUUCAGAGCGGAGAAAUUUCAGCAGAUUUCAAGGAGCCACCAUCCCUGCCAGGGAAGGAGAAGCCAUCCCCAACCACAGUUUGUGGGUCCCCGCUGGCAGCACAACCAUCACCCUCUGCUGAGCUCCCCCAGGCUGCCCCACCCCCACCGGCCUCACCCUCUCUCCCUGGGCGUCUGGAGGACUUCUUGGAGAGCAGCACAGGGCUGCCCCUGCUGACCGGUGGGCAUGAGGGGCCAGAGCCCCUUUCCCUCAUUGAUGACCUCCAUAGCCAGAUGCUGAGCAGCUCUGCCAUCCUGGACCACCCCCCGUCACCCAUGGACACCUCAGAAUUGCACUUUGCCCCUGAGCCCAGCAGCAGCAUGGGCCUGGACCUGGCUGAUGGCCACCUGGACAGCAUGGACUGGCUGGAGCUGUCGUCAGGUGGUCCCGUACUGAGCCUGGCCCCCCUCAGCACCACUGCCCCCAGCCUCUUCUCCACAGACUUCCUCGAUGGCCAUGAUUUACAGCUGCACUGGGAUUCCUGCUUGUAGCUCUCUGGCUUGAGACUGGGGGUGGGGACGGGGCUGGGGAGUCAGGGUACUCCAGUGCGUGGCUCUCCUGCGUGAUUGGGCCUCUCCACGUGGUUGUGAGUCUUGACAAUCACAGCCCCUGCUUUUUCCCUUCCCUGGGAGACUGGAACAGAGAAGCCCCUACUCCUGGUUCAGGCCUACCUAGGGCAGAGGAAAGCAGCUGUCAAGAAGCAGCCCUGGCUCUCACGCUGGGGUUUUGGAUGCCUGGUCAGGGCCAGGGCCAUUUCAGCUUGACCUCCUUUUUUGAGGUCAGGGGGCACUUACUGGCUACAAUUUGGCUAAGGUAGGUAAAGCCCAGCCAGGAUGCUUCUCUUCUGGCCCAGGGCUGAGACAGGUCAAGGGGUGAAUCUUCUUCCUUUCUCUCCCUGCUUCGCUCUGAAGGGAGAAAUUAGCCUGGGCCGAUACCCCCUCCCCCCCGCAUUCCGGGUGUCUGCCAACCCCAGGGCUCCCAGCCAUUUUAGUGUCUUGGUGUAGUGUAACCAUUUAGUGGUUGGUGGCAAAAGUUUUCUGUACAGGUGUAUAUACCUCUAUAUUAUAUAUCGACAUACAUAUAGACAUAUAUUUUUGGGGGGAAGGAGAUGGAUGCAACUCCCUCCCAUCCUCCUUUCACAGAAGGGCCUGGAAGGCCAUAGCUCCUGGGGGCCGGAUGCAGGGUUACCUUUCAGCUGUGUGCCAGUCUGGUGCCCAGCCUGGCACGCAACUACCCAAGCCUACCCAUCACGUGUGAUUGACAUGUAGACACCCUGCCACAGUCUGUGCCCCACCUGCCCUGUUUCCUGGCUCCUUAUCAGUGCCACAAGGGCAGAGGUGCUUCCUGGCCUUCCUGCCAGGAGCUCUCCACCCACUCACAUUCCGUCCCCACCACCUCACUGCAGCCAACGUGGCCCUGGGACGGGGGCUUUGGGCCCGGCUUCACCCUGCUGUGGGGCUGAGAGGUGGCCUUGAGGUUGUGGCUACCUCCUGUCCUGGGGCCACUGGCUUCGCAUUCUGGCCUGACUCAUAGGGGAGUAGGGAUGGAGCCACCAAAACCAGUGCUGGAACAAACAAACACGGGGAAGGUGUGUGAACUUUUUAAAAUAAAAACAAAAACACAG